CGGGGCGACAGGCUUUAGGGUCGGUUGGUCGUUGCCGCCGGAGGUGUUCCCUGGGUUCGCCUCGCCGUCGCUGCCGUCCGGUACCUGCGCCCCCGCCUUGGCCCCGGCCCCGGCCCCGGCCCAGCCGCUCUCCCUGCACUGCUCCCCUUCACCACCCCCACGGUUUCUGCCGUCGGGGCCCAGGGGCCGGGCUAACGAUGCCGACGGAGAGCGGAGCUGAGAACGCGGACCGGGCGGCUGCGCAGGUGGGGACAGCUGCGGCCUCGGCGGUGGCCACGGCCGCCCCGGCAGGCGGCGGCCCCGACCCGGAGGCCUCCUCGGCCUCCCUCGGACGGCACCUGAAUAGGCUGGGCUGGCCACAGGUGAAGCGGCUGGAUGCGCUCCUGAGCGAGCCGAUUCCCAUUCACGGGCGCGGCAACUUCCCCACGCUGAGCGUCCAGCCCCGGCAGAUCGUGCAGGUUGUCCGCAGCCGCCUGGAGGAACAGGGACUGCGUGUGCAUGGUGUGCGACUGCACGGCUCAGCUGCCAGCCAUGUGUUGCAUCCGGAGAGUGGCCUGGGCUACAAGGACCUGGACCUGGUGUUCCGCGUGGACCUGCGCAGCGAGGCAUCCUUCCAGCUGACCAAGGAGGUGGUGCUGGCCUGCCUGCUGGACUUCCUGCCAGCCGGCGUGAGCCGGGCCAAGAUCACACCACUGACACUCAAGGAGGCGUAUGUGCAAAAGCUGGUGAAGGUGUGCACGGACACGGACCGCUGGAGCCUCAUCUCGUUGUCCAAUAAGAGUGGCAAGAACGUGGAGCUCAAGUUUGUGGACUCAGUCAGGCGCCAGUUCGAGUUCAGUGUAGACUCCUUCCAGAUCAUCCUGGACUCCUUGCUGCUCUUUGGCCAGUGCUCAUCCACACCCAUGUCUGAGGCCUUCCACCCAACCGUGACAGGUGAGAGCCUGUACGGGGACUUCGCGGAGGCCCUGGCCCACCUGCGGCACCGUGUCAUCGCCACACGCAGCCCUGAGGAGAUCCGCGGUGGUGGCCUCCUCAAGUACUGCCACCUCCUGGUGCGGGGCUUCCGGCCGCAGCCCUGCACUGACGUGCGUGCCCUGCAACGUUACAUGUGCUCUCGCUUCUUCAUCGACUUCCCAGACCUGGUGGAGCAGCAGCGCACACUGGAGCGCUACCUGGAGGCCCACUUUAGCGGGGCCGACUCAGCUCGUCGCUAUGCCUGCCUGGUGACACUGCACCGGGUGGUCAACGAGAGCACCGUGUGUCUCAUGAGCCACGAGCGCCGUCAGACCCUGGACCUCAUCGCCAUGCUGGCACUCCAGGCGUUGGCCGAGCAGGGCCCAGCUGCUGCAGCUGCUCUGGCCUGGCGCCCUCCAGGCACCGAAGGGGUUGUGCCUGCCACUGUCAAUUACUACGUGACCCCUGUGCAGCCUCUGCUGGCCCGGGCCCACUCCUAUCCCACCUGGCUGCCAUGUAACUGACUCAGACCCUGGCCAGAAGGGAUGGGGCCUCCCCGGAUGGAGUGGGGCCUUCAGGAGUGGGUGGAAGACAUGACCAGAGACAGGCAUCCUGUGCCAGGUGGCCCAGCACUGCUGCAGGGUUGAGCCCUCAACUGAACAGACCAGACUCCCCUAAGUGAGGCCCUUGUGGGCAUAAGGCCAAGCUGGAGUUCUUGCAGACGGACCCUUCGGUUAUUGCACCACACUUUUGGACCAGCAUGAUUGUAUGGUGCAAGGGCUGUUUGUCUUGAGGGUCAAUUGCCUUUAGGAGAUAAAGCAUGUUUGGGGUGGUAGCCUCAAUGCCCAUCAUCUUGGGUUGAUUUCUGUGGCCUAGAAAGGGUCUUCUUGGCUAGGGCCAGCCUGCAGUGAUCCCAGCAGACUCCGAGAGCCUGCAGCCCACACAAUGGCUAAAAUGUGGUAUGUUAUGGGAACUACUCACUUUGGGUCGGGCUGGGCCAGUAACAGGGCCUGGUGGUCCAACCUGGUUAAUCACUGGGAGGAGGGAAUCUGAGGCAUGAGGCAGAUACCUGGCUUUGGAGAGGGGUAGGUUUAGCCCAGGCCCAUAAUACCCCUGUCCCAAGCUGUCAAGGUGUGCAGUGAAGGGCAAAGUGGCCUGGGGUGGGACACAGCUCAUGCCCCUUCUGGGGUGUUGCUCCCUUCCCCUGUGUUGUAAGGACCUCCCUUGCCUGGGAGCUUGUUCUUUGGGGGGUGCUGGGUUCAAAGUGGCCACAGUCAAGUGCUCCCACCCCACUAGCCUGGUUACAAAGUCCUCACUUGGGGGAGGGGAGCCAUGCCCCGCCUCGUUUCCCAUCCUUCUGGAUUUGUUACUAUUUUGCACUCUUAACACCUACCAAUAAAGAUCGUCUACACUGAGA